UUUCCUUUUGAUAAAAGUCAUGACUUCUUUAGAAAUUCACUCAUUAUUCCCACAGCCUUUAGAAUCCAUUUCCAUUGUUAACGAUUUUUUUGUGUAAAAAGUCACGGUUUGUUUCUCUUUGUAUCUUGCCGUCAGCCUGAUCAUUGCGAAGUCUCAUUAUAGAGUUUUUUACACUUCUAAGAAAAUCAAAAUGUUUCAGGGCCGCGGGAGUGCGAUGAAUCUGCACCUGGCAACCCCGGUGCAGGGUUCGAAGCGCAAGAUCUCGGUCGGUGUGAUCAAUGCUGGUGGGGGUGUGUUGUCAACCUCUCCGAGCGAGCGGGAGGAGGACCACAGGGCACCCCCUGGUACUCCGAACAAGAGCCGCGGUGGAAGUGCAAACAGUACUGCUGCUGCUCAACCCCAUGAAUUCUACAUGCACCAUAGCGCUGCGAAGGAUCUAGAUCUCGACAGAAGUCGUGCACAACUUGUCCAUUCGGGAAACACCACAAGUACGAGCAGAAAUAGAAUUCGCCACUUGGGCGAGCAGAUGAGCAGGGACGAAGGCAACAGCAGUGGCAGCCCCGAGGACGCGGAUAACUACAGAAGUAUCAACCACGAGCAGGAUAUUAAUGUUGCAGCAGCGGGAGCAGCAGCUGCGUCGGCGGGCACGGGGGCUGCUCCCACCAGUGCGGUACGAUGGUCCUCAUUCGAAUACACGUACAACCAUCAGAGUUAUGACCUGCGGACGACCCUUCUGGUGGUGCUGGCGAAUUUCCUCGUGUCCAUGUUCAUGUCCACGUCCGUCAAAAUCCUGUACGUUUCCCAUGGGUUCAAGUACCCCUUGUUUGUCACAUCCAUGUAUGCCUCGCAAAUAGUACCGCUGGGUCUGGAAGGGUGUGAUGCUACUUCUUUUUGCACGCGCGGCUGCGAAUAGGCAUAGAAAUAUCUACACGACAAGAAGUAAAAACCGUAAUUAAAAUUGUCUAAUGCAAUUCCGCUGAGUCAUUUUUUAGCUGCCUGUUGCGCACGGCAAGUCGUGAAACGAAAUUCCCGCUUUUCCGCAAUAUGCAUCUUGCCAUUGAAAUUGUGUUCGUGAAAAUCAUUGUCAUGCCAAAGCCGGACAAGCACAAGCAGUACAAGCAUGGCAGUAUUCCAGAUCUUCCAGACGAGGUAUUUGCGCUCGAUACUGUGCACAUGUUGUUUUCCUUUGUCCUGUCCGCCAUCUGCGUGGCGUGGUUCCAGAAAGACAAGCUGCCGGCAGCGAGAGAGCGACGGGCGGCGAUCACGGACCAAGAUAGUAACACGGCCCGGUCCUCCACCUCCUCUUCCGCCGAACAUCAACUACCGCUCACCUUCGGCGAGAAAGCGUAUGCGUACUUCCGGACGUCCGCCCGCGUUGCGCCGUUCUGCGUGCUGGGUGCCUUGUCGAUUGCUUGCGGCAACGUGGCGCUGCUGUACCUGUACCCGUCGCUGCACCAAAUGCUGCAGAACACCACCCCCAUUUGGUCCGUCCUCUGCGCCGUCAGUUUGAUGUCCAAGCGCUACAACUUGGUGGCCUAUCAAAUGCAAAAAUGUCUGGGUCUGGAACAAAGCAACUUGUCAUGCUAAAUCUGGAUCGUGCAGAAAUCUGUGUUGCAUGAUUGCCAAAAGCUGUCCACUUUUGACCUAACCGAGAGGCAGUUUCUCAUGCAGGAUAGGCAUGAAAGAACUCGGACUCGCACAGAAUUUGUCAUGCUAUGUCCUACAUACCAGACCUCAUGGGUCAUGAAAAACCUGCAUGACAAGUCUGGCAUUCUUCCAGACCCGGACAUUUUUACAUUUGAUAUGGCCUACUUGGCCCUCAUUCCGGUGUGCGCCGGCGGUGCUUUGGCGGCCUGGGGCGAACAGUCCGCGGAGAAAACGUUCGUUUGGGUACUUAUGAACGAUCAUGAUUGGGUUGUUCAUACUAAUGAAUGUACUUCGACACUAGCUGUAGAGCUCUUGUCCUUAUUUUUCACCAAUAAAAUAAAUUCCGGUAUAACUACUAGCUACGACAGAGAUUAUACUUCGGCGAAAUUGACGAGGUUGUGUUGUGCCUUUGUCUUGAAGCAGGCCUGCGCCUGAUGAAAGUUGUUUGUGAAUUUGAGUACGACUACUUCUUUGUUGCCUCAGCAUCAUCUGCUUGCGCGAAUGAAGAAGGCGUCCAGAAUUUUUUUCUCAACCCAUUCACAGGUCGGCGUGAUUGUGAGCCUGAGUUCCGCCUUCCUGCGUGCGUUGAAAGCGGCGCUGCAGGGCAUGUUGAUUGACGGAACGAAUGAGCACGAGAAGCUGGACCCGAUUACCCUGCUGUUCUACUCCUCGCCGUUGUCCCUCGUCCUGUUCCUCCUGGCGUCCUCCCACUACGAGGGGGGCCGGCCCUGGGUGGAAAUGACGAAGCUGCCAGCCGCUGGGGCCCUGUGGCUUGCCGGGUCCGCGUCCUUCGCCGCACUGUUCAACCUGCUGGCUUUUUUGUUGAUCGGCCGGGUGGGGCCCACCACCAUGAUGGUGGUGGGAAACCUGAAGACGCCGGCGACCGCCCUGCUGUCCGUCCUGAUCUUUCACAACGCGGUGACCUCGUGGCAAAUUUUGGCGUUUUUUAUCGUCAGCGCCGGGUGCUUCCUUUUCACCGCCUUCGGCCGCCAAGUGGACAAAGUCGAUCCACAGGAGGAGGAACUCGUGCUGACCGCGGAGGAGCAGAAAAUCAUCUUCGAAACGGCCGAUGGGGAUACCAGUGCGUCCGAAGACGAGAGGAGCGCGCUGGGGAAGAGCAUUGUGGUCAAGAAGAAGUACCGACACCCCAGCAAAAUCACCUUUCCGGUGCAGCUACGCUCUGCAAAAGUAUCGUACUCGUACUAAUUUUGCAGUGCAGCGUGACAAAUCUAGUUUGUAUAGCUGAAUCAGCAUUGCAUCUUGCAUUUUUUUUUCUGAUAAAAAUUUGUCAUGCAAUUUGUUUUUGUACUAGUACGAUAUGCUUUUGCAAUGCAUAGCAGCAUGGCGGCCUCAAUCUUGGCGAGGAGGAAUCACCCAAGUCCACGGUGUAUGGGAGUGGGGCCAGCAGCAGCGCCUCCAGUGACGCUGGUUAUUGAAGGCCCGGACGUUGUACGGCACCGUGUCGGAAUAGGACCUGGUCCGGUCUUGAUGUUACUAACUUAUUCCCCCCGCGGCAAUAAUUGUUCUAUUUCGUUCCGGUGAUUAUAUUCCAGUUUCGCUUUAUUUUCUGUACUUAUAGCACAUUGUUUUUUGUGUUUUGCUUUUACGCAUUGUUUUUGAUUUUUGUUCACUGUUUAGUCGUGCUUUUUCCCAGCAAUAGCAAACCCCUCAUUAUUUAUACUUCUGGGUAUUUUUUGUCUCCCUACCCCUUCUAGAAAAGAGUUCUCGUAGUUUUUGUGUCACUGUCGAGAGUUAAAAUUUGCUGCGACGAAAAAACUUGAAAACAGAGGCGCGGACGUCUUUCAUUGCAUUAGGAAUAAGGCGGCUAUGUUUUCCAAAAUUACCGAAUUCACACUUUCUUAGAAAGACAUACAAAAAAACCCACAAUUAGGAGAGUUCAAGUUGGUAUAGCACGGGUACUUUCGCAUUUACAUGGUUAAGAGGCCGGGACCUGAACAGCUUGCUCUUUUCCUCAGCUUACUCCAAGUAGGAUCGAAAAAUGAAGCAAAAUAUUAAGGCUGCAGUUGUCCUCCGACAUGCGCACUGAAGUCUGCCUGCUGCACCUGAUUUCUCGAGUACAU